CGUCUGUUGUACUUCGGAAGAACAAUAGAAGUCGUCGUAGCGCCAGCAGCUGCUUCAGCGGUGCAGUUGCGGACAGGUUCUUGCAUUCUCUGCCGGCAGACACCUUUACGAAGAAUCGGUUCCUGCCCUUUUCCAACUGCUGUGCCGAUUUGGUUCCGGGCUCAGAGGCAAACCGUGGUCUGCUGCUGCUGUCAGAAAAUGAGAGGGAAUUACGGAAGGGGCAGAAGAAAAGUUACGGUAGCAACAAGCAGAUGACCGGAUGCUCUAGAAGUUAUCCGAGCCAACAAAGCACGAGCAGGAAAGAUGCCCAAAAAUAUGCGGAAGAAUCCUUUUCAUCUCCAGUGCCUGUCCGGGAAUACAAGCACCUCCUGCACCCGGACCUGCCGGAGAAAUCCUUGCUCCUUUUCGCCUGCGGACUGCGACACCAUUUGUCCUGCGCGGACUUGUGCGGCUACUUGGUGCGGUGGUGUAUGACGACCAGCAUUAAUGGUAGAGGUUGUGCGCCGCCGUCUUCUUCAAGUAGGUCAGCAGCUGCAACUUCUACGUCUGGCAUCAAAGGUGCAGCUUCUAAGAUUGCAGGACCAUGUUCAAAGCCCUGUGCGAGUAACACGAACGAAAACCACGAGGAGUUCACGACAACCGCAUCAAACGAUGCAACUGACGGGUCGUGUGCAGCAACCUCAUUUGGUCGUGGACGAGGAGAAGUGCCGAAGAUUGAUUUGACGAGCACGGAACUACUAUCUUUCUUCAAAAGUAGCGACAACGAGUACUACUACGAAACCACCCCGGGCUGUCGCCCACAGACAUUCCGCAACGCGGAGGAAACAACGCCGGGAGGAGUGUAUGGUAUAACAUGUGACCUGCUUGCUGCAGUGGAAAGGCAAUGUCAAGGCGAGGAAAGCGGAUUAGUUCGCAGCAAUAGUAAAGCGGGAGGAGCGCCGGCUCUAUCCUCCUCGACUGAUUCUGCUUCCUCUGGUGCAGCGACAUCCUCGUCGGCCGCGAUUUCCUCGGGUCGCGACAGCAGCGAUCAAGCUGUUCAAACCAGGACGAGCAGUUCCGCGUGCUGUCUAUCAUUUUCCUUCCGGCGCAUGGUGCCGCAGAGGAUGCAGGCCUUUUACCUGCGCUUGCACCAACUCGCGGCGAAAAACAGCGAAAACGCCAAGCUGGUCCACCGCCUUUUCGAACUUUUUCCCGCCAUCUGGGUGCCGCUCGAGCGCAACUGGGGCACCAAGGAAAACAAACGGGUGACGGAGACCGUUUUGCUGGGCUCGUGGCACUACGCGCACGAAACCUUUCUCCACCCACCAUCGCUUCCAGAAGUUCCUCCGGUUAGGCGGAACAGCCAGGAGGCGGUGGGCAGCAGGGCACCGGCUGGCCAGGACCGACGCCGGAACAACGGGAUGAAAGAGUUUUCGAUGAACGUCUUCGAACUGUCGAUGAGCGGCUACCGUGUCCUUGAGCGCCACUACGACCUGGAGUUGGCGCCCUUUCUGUGCGAGAUUGGUGCCAGGAAGGAGCCGGGGUUCCGGGAGAUCUUGGAAACCUUCACGCUUUUUCGGCUGCAGAAAAGAAAAGCGCAGCGCGAGCUGCUGUUGGCUGAAAACAGUGGUGCGGGUUUGGGAAGCCUAUCAAGCAGUUGUGCAAGUAAGUCUCCGGCGGACCAGCACGUAAUAUCAAAUCCACCAGAGCAGGAAGAGCAGAGUAACCUCAAGCUCACUAGCGUCGAUCUAUGCGAUGGGCACGAUGUCAGGAGCCUCACUCAGCUCCCGGGUCGGUCUCGCGACAUGUACCUGGACGACCACGGGCCCUACGGAACCCACAGCGUGUACGAAAACUACGCACUGCCGGCUUUUCGCGCCUUCGCACAGCAACACGGGGGUGCCCGGGCUCGGGAACACACUUUGUCAAGUGCUUUGCCCGUGGUCCGGGUGCGGAGCGGGGGGUUUAAGCCGCUACAGAGGGAAAAUGAAAAGAAAAGUACGCCUUUUUCGUUGCCCUCGCGCUCUACUUCGUCCACGGGCCGCGUGAAGAGGUUGAUAUCCAGUGGCGCUGCUAGCGUUUGUGCAUCUGCCGAGGAGGUGAACAAGCAACGACCUCCAGCAGCAGGAGAGAACAGCUACUUGCUUGUAGUGAACGACCUCGCCUCCGAGCCGUUCAGUGACAGCAGGAACGAUCGUGGCCGCACCUUGUCGACGUCCUGCAAUAGUUCUUUGUCUCGAUGUAGUUCCUUCUCCUCCUCCGCGACAAGUACGCAGGAACGACGACAGCAUGCAGCGUACGGAACUUUAACUUCCCCGUCAUUAACUUCAACGUCCGACUUUUCCUCCUCCGAGGAACUCGCCCCGGAUCGGAUUGUCUUUGUGCCGCACGAUAUUGCGCAAAUGCUGCGCAUCCCCCGGCUCACCGAGGUCGCGCGCCCGGUGCUCCGAGUGCCGCCAAGACCGAAGCUUUUGUCCGUCUUCCUGCAGGCGAGCUUCAAUCUGAUCCUGCUCUGUCUCGAGAUGAAGUACGGAAACGAGGUAGAGGACCAACUACAACAUCGGAGAAGCCUAGUUGGCGAAAAGCAGGUCCACGGAGAAGGAGAACGAGAAAAGAGCGAACAACAUGGUCCACCAAAUCCUGCUUGCGAAAAUACCGACGAGGAUGUUUUUGAUGAUCCUGCUCAUAAAUCGCACGGCGCGACGAGCGUCCCCUUGAAGACAACUCGUGCCUCGGGUUCUACUUCUUCUUUCAGAAUAAAUUUCACGCGUCCCUGUUACGGCGUGGCGCGCUACAGCUACGACUGGCAAGCGAGUUGUACGGGUGUGCAAGGAUUAGAAGCAGCAGCUGCAGUUCCUGGUGAACGUAAAAGACCGGGCCUCUUCAAGGAGAAAGAACGUAGACUUGUCCGGAUCAAUAUCGGAGGGAACAAGAAUGACCCCUACUUCACCGAGAAUGAUAGUAGUGCGGCGAGCCGAGACGAUUUUCUAUCUGUCAGGAGCAUUGAUGUCUCCUCGCAGAGGCGCAAGCAGCACGCGGCGCAAAAUCUAUCGUGUGAAAAUAAAACUCCGUCACGACAAGACCAGGAACGAAGUUGUGGUCUUCAAAAUGUUCCGUUCUUAUUUCGGGACGAGGCUCGACGCUCGACCUCCACCCCGCACAGUGUGCGUUUGUUGGAAUUUUCGCCGGACUGCGAUGAAGAUCUUGGUUCAACAUCUGAACCAGGUGACCACGAGGAUCCUCGUGGCGGCGGCGAAAGGCUUGCUGGGACGAGCAGCCGGUCCGGACGCGGUGAUGAAGUUUUGGUCUUUGUGGUUCCGGAGCUUGAGGUUGUUUGUGAUUCCGAGAACACAGCACCGACGGCAGCGCGAAAAGGACUCUCUUUAAUAGCGGAAGGACGACGUUCUUGUGGUCCUGUCCGGCGCGACGAAGUAGCCGCAGGGUUAGAUGUUGACAAUGCACCAGUAGGAAAUGGAGUGGAGGCUUUGUCUGAAGGAGAUGAUAGUACAGCAAACCUGUCUUCUAGCACGAUGACUGGAGCUAGACCGCUAGUACAGGCGGAGCAAAAUAAAGCGUGGCAAGAAAACCAAGAACAGCAACUGUUCCUUGCUGCCGCUAGGCACAGCGAGAUUUGGACGCAAGAACUUGCAACGAAGGUGAUGGAAAAGGCAAUCGAAGUGCACGAGCGCCAGGCCGGCGCACGAGGACGGCGAGUGGUGGCGAAUAAAGAAAGCAAAAACUACAAUCUUCUGUCCUCCCACACACGGGGGCCGUCGAUGUUGCAACUACGAACCGUCUUGCGGCACAUGCUGGAAUCGAACCCGCCACCCUAUUGUAUGGCGGUCAGGCGAAAGGCUGGUGGGGGUCCUGGGAAUAAUAGCGGAAUACCAGCAGAACGAGAGCGGCGCCACGUAUUGACCCUGUCUGACGACCUGCACCCGUCCACGACCGGAAAUUGGUGGACUUGCUACGUGAUAUGGUUGCAGGAGUUAAAAUCCGUCUUGCAAAAACACUUCCCGGAACAGGCAGACUUGUUCGAAAGUCACAGGUACAGCGAGGAGGGAGCGGCGUUCGCACGGAGAUUAGUGGGGCCGUUGGUGAGGGACGCAGCGGUGUCUGGGUGUAGUAGAGAAGACAGACAGAAGGAACAAUAGACGCAGAGGAAGUUGUGGACUUUCAAGAACAAUAGUAGGCACUUUUCAUCUUCUUGUUCUUCUUCCUCUCGAAGCGACCACCAGUGUUUGAAUUCGAAUUUAUCGGCUUGCUUUUCUGCAUGGUGAUGCACUAGCGUCUUUACGCCUCCGCUCCUUGGAGGACUCCCAUACAAAUCAUGACGUCCUCGGCUCAGCUUUGUAUACAACUUGGGAUCAACUUCAAUUUUUGGUCUUGCACAUUGUGCUGCAG